UUCAAGAGUAGUAAGACUUUUCUGGCAUUUAUUGCACUUUAUUGCUUCCUGGAUCAUUUAAAAGAAGUCACUGACAAACAACCGUAGGCUUGAAAGUUUACUGCAGAUGCAGUGAGCAGUUCUGUAUUUCAAAAUGCAGACGAACUUUCUUUCCCAGCAAUUUAAUGCUGGUUCUUUGGCAGAAAACUCCACGGCUUGUCCAGCAAAUGCUACUAUUUGCAAUGGCACUUCUUGUGUAUUGCCAGAAGAUAAUUUUAAUCAAACUUUAAGCGUAAUUUUAAGUACUGUUCUAACAAUCAUGCUGGCUUUGGUGAUGUUUUCCAUGGGCUGCAAUGUGGAAAUUAAGAAUUUCUUGGGCCACAUAAAAAGACCCUGGGGUAUAUUUGUGGGUUUCCUUUGCCAGUUUGGAAUUAUGCCUCUCACAGCCUUCUUGCUCUCUUUGGCCUUUAACGUCCUUCCUAUUCAAGCUGUUGUGGUGAUGAUCAUGGGAUGCUGUCCAGGGGGCACAGCCUCGAAUGUCAUCGCCUACUGGGUGGAUGGAGACAUGGACUUAAGCAUCAGCAUGACAACUUGCUCCACGCUUCUUGCAAUGGGAAUGAUGCCACUUUGUCUCUUUAUUUACACCAAAAUGUGGACUGAUGCUGAUGCAAUUGUACUCCCCUAUAACAGCAUUGGACUUUCUCUGGUAGCUCUUGUAAUUCCUGUUUCGUUUGGAAUAUUUGUCAACCACAAAUGGCCUAGUAAAGCAAAAAUCAUACUUAAGGUGGGUUCCAUUGUGGGAGCAGUGCUCAUUGUGGUCAUUGCUGUGGUUGGGGGAAUACUCUACAAAGGCUCCUGGACUAUCACACCAAAAUUAUGGAUCAUUGGCACCAUAUUUCCAGCAGCUGGCUAUACUUUAGGAUUCUUUCUGGCUCGUGUAGCUGGUCUGUCUUGGAACAGGUGUCGUACAGUGUCUCUGGAAACAGGCAUGCAAAACACUCAGCUGUGUUCCACUAUAGUACAGCUCUCAUUCACUCCUGAACAACUUGAAUUGAUGUUUACUUUUCCACUCAUCUACAGCAUUUUCCAGUUGUUGUUUGCACUACUAAUUUUAGGAGGCUACCGUCUCUACAGAAGACACCAUGUCAAAACAAAGACAGAUGUUGAGAAAACAGCACAAAAAGAGGAUUCAAAAUCAAGUGCUAAAAUAAAUGGAGGAUUUGUAUCAGAUGAGAUGAAAUAGACAAUUACAUCUGUUUCCACCAGCUGUGGGAAAAAAAGAAUAUAUGAUUUAUUUAAAACUUUUUUUUUCACAUGCUGUUUUUUCAUGGAAAUAUUGAACAAAAGAAGAAGUUCUGCUAACAUUGUACAGCGAGACUUUAAAAUUAUUAACUUAAGAAAGAUCUACUUUGAUUUUUAACAUGGUUUUUUGCCACAAUCGCAGAAUCUGGUUUUGAAGAUAAUUCCCUAAAUUAUGGAUUCUUUUACUUUUUAUUAUUAUGGAUUAUUUAACAGAAAGCAGAAUAAAGGUGGGCUAUUGCUAAAAAGAUGCCGAUAUCUGCAAUACCAAGUCAGGUCAUUAUCCUGCAAAUCCAUCUGCUAGUCUCGGCACACAAAACAAAAGGAAAUCUUCUGAAAGUGAGCAGAAACAGAAGUUGAUAUGGAAGAUCUGGUAAGGCUGAAUAUGAAUCAAGCAUGAAACUGGACCAAGCCAAUAAUGAAAUAAAAGUUUCAUUUAGGUCAGUCUGGGCAGACUAAAGCACUGUAUUAAUUGCUUGAAGCAUUAAUUUAUUCUAAAACUAUAAUUUUAGCAAGUGCAAGGCACCUUAUGACUCCAUUAUUUUUCCCAAAGUAAUAGAAAGUAAUAGAAUGUAACAGCCUUACAUCUUCAGUCUGGGUCUUUUAGGUGCUGGAAACGAGAACAGAGAGACAAAGGUGAGGUCUUAAGCCUUGAGCAAUUUUAGUGACAGCAGUGACAGCUGCAUACAAAGGAGCAAGCAGAGAUUCUGGAAGUGUAAGAAAUUAUCAGCUUCUGCACUGAAAGGAAAGCAUUUGAAAAUGAAACCAAAAAAUGUCCCUGAUUCAUCCAGGACUGCUUCUACCAAUCUUAACAUGAGACAGCAGUGCUUGGAAAGAGUUAUAUAUUUUUGAUAGUUUAUGAACUAAAUAAAUUUGAACCUGCCAGAGGUCUAUGACAUAUAGACAUUGGUAUGGUUGACAAUUUGAAGAUUUUAUUUAUAUCAACCAUGAAUAGAAAUAAUUGGAUGUACACAUACAUUAUAUACAGUUUGUUUCUGAGAGUUCAUGUGGAAAUCUCUCCUAAUUUUGAGGAGAAAAUAAGUACAAUUCUAAGAGAAACAGUGCAGUAUACUCCUUGCAGCUGUAAUUUUUUAAGGAAACAUUCAGUAAUAUUGGUCCUGUAGCUGUUAUGUAAAGAAAAUAUCCAGAGAACUUCAGAGAGGCUGGCUGACCAAAAAUUCAAGAGUGAACCAACUAUCAGCUCAUGGAAACAAUAUACCUUUCUAUCAUAUGCAAAUGGACCUUCUGAGGUAUGCUGAGUUAAUUUGGUGGGUUUUUUACAAACACAACUUGUGGAAUUUAAGUUCCAUACGUGCAGCUUUCCACUGCUGCAGAAAUAUGCACUGGUCCACUGCUGCCCAGUACUAAACAUAGAAUAAAUUAUUGUUGUCAACCGUAUGUUAGGGAAAGGGUCUCAAAAUGUUCCUGAGUUCUGUGAGGUUUGAAGCUGCUUUACUUUUGGCAGGGAGAUCAGAAUGACCAUAACUUCCAAGGAGGAGUUCAACACUGAAUGGGUGUUAGUACACAAGGUGUUCUGUGUUUUAUAGAACAAAGAUUAAACAAAACAAUGUGGCAAAGACUGUUAUGGAGAAAUUAUAAAUUGUGAAAUAACACAUGAAAAGGAUAAGCUGUUAUUUGUAACAUCUGUACUUAAAAUGGUUAUUGUCUCGCUCCUGCAGCCAUCAAAAAAUGGACAGUGGAACUUAGAUAGGAUCAUGUCUUUCUUACGAACAAAGCUGCUACCCUUCCUCCAUGCUUGCUGAAUUUCAGUGUUUCUGUGUAUAUUUCAAGCAGAUCUUGAAAAUGUAUUGAAGAAUAAUAGUUUGUCUUGGUUAUACUCUGUGUGUGUG